CUAGAAAAAGUAAAAUAGACAUCAAGGUAUAGACAUCGGUCGACUUUGGCCACGAUGUAAAAUAGCGUAUUAACAUCGGUUGAAAAAGAACUGAUGUCUAUGUUAGUUUUAACAUCAGUUAAUACAAGAACCGAUGUCUAACUUCUUUGAAUUAAAAACAAAAAACGUGCGGCAACACCCGUUUUUCCCCCUCCCCAAAUAUUUUCCCCCUUAGUCAAAUUUUCAUUCCCCCCAAUUCUUUUAACCCCCAAAAUCAGAAAAAAUAAACACACUCUUACUCAAUAUUCACAAAUAUUACUUCAAAUUAAAACUCUCCCUCAUUUCUCUCUCCCCGCUUUUCUAUCGCUUCUCCGAGUCGAAGCUCCUCUAACCCUAAUUGAAGCCGCUGAAGCCCUAAUCGAAGCUGUUGAAACCCUAAUCAAAGCUACUGAAGCUCUCAAAGCCUAAUCUCAAAGUCGAAGCCCAACGCUGCUCUCUUCGGUUCUCAAAGUCGAAGCCCUAAUUCGUAUUUUUCUUGCAGUUGCAUUUCUGGCUGUUCAGUGAUGAAGUUCCACUACAUCGAUAUAUGGCUAUGAUGGAACUACAGAUGGUUGGCUGUUUCAGGGGAAAGAUUCUCGAAGUACUGAAAAACUGGCCAGAGAAGAAUAUCCAAGUCAUUAUUGUUACUGAUGGUAAGAGGAUUUUUGGACUCGGGGACCUUGAAUGCCAGGGAAUGGGAAUACCUGUAGGCAAACUUGCCUUGCACACUGCCCUUAAUAUUUUCUGGUUUAUUGAUCUUUGUUACAGGGCACAGCCUCUGUGGUUCUAUCUGGAAUCCUCUCAUCACUGAAGUUAAUUUGAGGGACAUUGGCUGAUCACACAUAUCUAUACCUUGGUGCUAGAGAAGUUAGUUUUUAAGUUUUUGUUUCCCCACAUUUAAGUUUUUAACACCCAAGGAUGGGUUUUGUUAUUCUUUUAAAUGAUAUUUUCAACACUUGUGAUAGCUAAUAACAUGACUGUCAUAGAAAGCUGGAGAUAUAUGUCUAUUUAGCAAUUAUUCCAGUUUAGUUAGUGUAUUUGUGUGAUUUCUAUGACCAUCAAAUUUCCUUUGUAUAUAUUAACAGGUAAGGGAUAAACUCAAGAAUGAAACUCUGCAGCUUGCUAGUGAGUCAGAUACUAUAUUCCUAUGGAGUCUUACACAAUUCUUUUUUUUUCUUUUCUAAUUAGUCUUCCACAAUUUUCCUUAUUGUUCGGGCAGUAAUACCCAAAUUUAGAAAAGAAGCAAAUUUGAUUGAUCUUUAUAUGACAGAGAAUAAUAACCUGGAAAAAGAAUCUUAUUUGAUAUAUGGAGUUACAGAAUCAGGUAGUUUUCUCAACUAUUUCAUGAUUUAAAGGCCUGAAUUCUUAAACACCUAAGCACUGAACCAAAUCCCUGGCCUUCUGUAUAUUGUUUCAUUCUCGUCGAUUUACCGACGUUGUUCAUCUUGUGGAGCUAUAAUUUUUCCUUUGUACUUGCUUUUCUUUUCAUGCUAAGCUCUGCACCUCAGUUUUUAAUUAAAGUGCCUAAUAUAUGGAGUGCAGACUGACUUAGUUUAGUAGAUAACAUUUUGGUUGUGAAAUAAAAUUAUAUGGAAGCAAGGUAACGUAAUUUACAGUGUGUAAAUGUGUUAUUGUAAACACGAAUUUUUAAACAACCUAUGUGGCUAUUAGCUUUAAUCUGCAUAAUCUUAUUUCGUUGAUACCUUUAUCUUUCAUUACUUGAAGAAGCUUAUUAUUAAUAUAUUUUUGUUGUGCAUGAUAUCUUGUGAGUGGAAACUUUGAACUAGGACCAAUGCCAUCAAACAUGAAGAAAAUAGUGAUUAAAGGUAGAUCAUUUUUGCCCAAAUGAGAUAUCAGUGGCUUGGUUGAGUAUGUUAGAUCGAGGGCCACAACCAGGAGGCUUAUACUUUACCAUCCCUCGCGGCAUUUUGUUAGACUAUGAAAUGAAGCUUCUGGGAUUAUGUUACACAAUCUGUCUCUAACGCCAUCAACCAAUUUGGGAAAUAUUUGUUCCUGCUAUUAAAGGACAAGGUACUAAGGAACAAUAAAGAAACUGGUUGCCGCUUACGCUUAAAAUUCAAAUUAGUGGCUGCUAUGCACAAACAGAACUUGGUCAUCGAUCCAACAUACAAGGUUUUUAGAUUUUUGCCCAUGGAUGGCUAGAUUAUUGUAUUUUGGAGUUUUUUGGAUGACUUUAGAUUUUGAUAGUUUGACUUUUGGUAUAUUGGUUGUAUAUUUAUAUGAUUGAAUGUUGGAUUUAUUGGUAUUGUGGUUUCUAUGAAUGAAUGUGGAUA